AUGUAUUUCUAUUACAAAAAAUGGCAGCGCGAGCCUGGCGGGGAGGAGAUGGGGGGAUUCACGCGCGUGCUGCACACGGGGAAGGAAGACGAGCUCAUGGGGGAAAUCCCGACCUUCGUCGUCAAUCCGCUGCCGCCGCAGCAACAAACGGACUAUGUGGUUCUGAAUCGCCCAUACGCGUUCGUGCAGUGGAUUCAGCAAGCCACCUUCCCUGAAGACUACGUAUGGAUGGCGGAGCCAGACCAUCUGAUUCUGCGCCCCAUCCCCAACCUUUCAGUGGGUGACAUGCCAUCAGCCUUCCCCUUUCACUACAUUGAACCCGCCAAGAAUAAAGAGGCACUGCACCGCUGGUUCCCUCCGGAAAAAGGCCCCAUCAACAAGAUCGACCCCAUCGGCAACUCCCCCGUUAUCAUCCACAAGGGCCAGCUGCGUCGCCUCGCCCCGCUGUGGCACAACGUGACUCUCGAGAUGAAGGCGGAUCCAGUGGCUGACAAGGCGUUUGGAUGGGUGCUGGAAAUGUACGGUUAUGCCACGUCAGCUGCUCUGUUGGGGAUACAGCACACUCUACACCGCAUGUGGAUGAUCCAGCCGCCAUGGGAUACUGAGCCCGGGGACUCCUACCUCAUCCACUACACAUACGGCUGUGACUUUGCCUUAAAUGGCACAAUGACUCCAGGGGUGGUGGGUCCCUGGCACUUUGACAAGAGGGAUUUCAACACAGCACCACCUCGCAACCUCUCCCUCCCACCCAAAGGGGCUGCCCCUUCCGUUUUCAAGCUGGUUUCCAUGAUAAACGAUGCAACAUGGAGCAUUCCGAAUUGGAGGGCUGGAGCUCUUUAG